AUGGACAGUAGUAUCUCCCAACCAAAUCCACUUAACAACCACCACCACAAAGCUACCACCGCCACAAACAACAACGACGACUACCAAGUUACAGAUCCUGAUCUCACUAACAUGAUUGGUCGAGAUCUUAAUUUCUUGAAAGAGACCAUGACAGAGAUUCAGAAGUUUGUAGAUCAUAUGAAUGUGCAAAUCAACCAGGCUUGUGAGAAAUUUGAGGAGCUCAAAACAAGAGAAGGAGGGAGUGAUACUAACGAACUUGACCAACUGAAAAUGUCUGUCAAGAAGUUGAAAUCCCAGAUUCCCUCCAAGCUUAAAAUCCAUUAUGAUGAUGAUUCAAAACCACAUCGGAAACCAUGGUUUGAUGAUGGAUCCAUUAACAGUAGCAGCAGCAACUACCAAGUCGAUGUAAACAAGUCGGUUAUUUGCACAGCUUGUACAAGGAGCCAAAAAAUGGCUACCAUGAAGAAAAGGUUUGUGAUUUACUCGUGGAUUGGAAAGAGAUUUCCAUACCUAGAAGAAGCAGAGCAUCUUGCCAACGGGAUGUUGAAUGAGCUUACUGCAAAGGGCUUCAUCGAGCCUAUCUACAAAAAUUGUGGAUUGGUUGUGGAUAGCUACAGGAUGCCCCCUUACAUUCGUUCUGCUGUAACCUUUGAAUUAGAUGAUUUUGAUUAUUUUCCGGCUAUUCGCUUCGCCUGUUGGGAAAGAUGCAUAGUCAACGUUGAUGCGGCUAUUAUUGAUGGAAGACAUGAAUUUAUUUUCAAAACCGGCACUGAUGUCAAUGUUGUUUACUUGGGAAGGUGGCAGAACUCGGUCACCCAUCACAUUGAAAUCCCAGACAUCAAAAUUCUCAAUGCACUCAAGAAUAUGAAACAAUUAACUUUUCUUAGCCUUCGAGGAAUUUCUUUGAUUACAGAGCUUCCUCAGUUCAUUUCACAACUGACUGAACUUCAAGUUCUGGAUCUCAAAGCGUGUCACAACCUUGAGGUGGUUCCAGAUUGGAUUGGCUUGCUUGAAAAUUUGAUACACUUGGAUAUAUCUGAGUGUUACCUUUUAGAUCACAUGCCUAAGGGGCUUGGUGCACUAUCUAAUCUCGAAGUCCUUAAGGGAUUUAUUAUUGGAGAUUCCAAGGAUAAAAAGUCAUGCACUAUCAAUGAUUUGACAAAAUUGCCAAAGUUACGAAAAUUGAGCAUAUUCACAAGUAUGAAAGAAUUUCCAACAGAUCAGCAGCUUCAUCAUUUGCAAAGAUUAAAAAUUCUACGAAAGUUGAAAAUAUCUUGGUCAGGAUGCAUUUUACAAGGUAAAACCGAUGAUUCACCUAAGCAAGCACAACUAUUUUCCAAGCAGACAACACUGACAAGAUCAUUCAUUGAGCAACGUGAUCCAAAACUUCCUCUCUCAUUGGAACUUCCUUCAUCAUUGCAAAAACUAGAGCUUGAGGGUUUUCCUGACAUAGAUACACCUGGUUGGUUGUGGUCUGGCAAUUUGAAGAACUUGAAGAAACUUUACAUCAGAGGAGGACUAUUGUAUAAUUUGGACAAAAUAGUAGCUACCACAGUUGAAAUGUUAAAAUUGAAAUACUUGAGUAACUUAGAGAUGCCUUGGAAAGACAUUAUGAUGUUAUUUCCCAAUUUGAUUUACUUGGAGAAAGUAGAAUGUCCCGGCCUCAAUUCCUUCCCAUGUGAUCAGAAUGGUGUUUGGAUGAGGAAAGACAAUGACAUCAAUGAGAAAUGCAAUGGAAGAAGCUACUGA